AUGUCAUCUUUUAACAUUUCGCGAUUCACUUCUAUGGGUUCACGUCCAAAAUAUACAUUUAAAAAAGGUACUAGCAGUAAAAAAAAUCUUCCAGAUGCGAAUGAGGAAAAUAGCGCGAAAGCGGUAGGAAAUGAUGUGGAAAGAGAUUCGUUCAAUGAUACAGUCGAUACGAUUCAAAGUUCAGAACAGAAACAUGAAGGUUCGACUUUUAUUUUAGGACAAAUUAUUUCCCAAAAUGAAUUGGCACUAGCACAAUCAAAUACAAAAUAUGAUAUUUUUGAUGAGUUUUUAGAGCUUGGCAUAAAAAGUAAAUCCGUCAGUAAAACAAAGAAUGAUGUAAAAAUUAAGAAAAAGCGUGGUGUUGACGCAGAUAACGAUAAUACAAUUGUCGCAAGUGACAAAAAUAGUAAGAAACGGGAAGCCAAGGAAACCACCAGACGUGCUUUAAAGGACAAAUCAAAUAAAAAAGAUAAUGGCACAAAUCAGAUAAAAGAAGUCGUUAUUAGAUCUAAUCUUGUAACUGAGAAGAAUCUGGAUAAAGACGUAUUGCAAAAGAAUAAGGGUUUAGAAAAAGACGAAAAGCGAGUCGAUUUCAAGAUUUACGAUGAUAAUAGUGAACUUAUCGUCAGCUCUGCGACAGAGCCUGUUUGGGAUAUCCCAAUUAGUUUAGAUAACAUCGCUAGUAAUCACUUUCACUGGCGUGAUAUGAAGCCAAUCAUGACAUCAACUCCCGUCAAAGUUACAGAUGAUUCGCAAUAUCACACAGAUAAUGUAUCUUCAGCAUCACUCGAAGAAAUUGGUAACAUAUUACCGUCAGAUGACGACGCAGAAGAUAAAGAAGCUUUAAAAAGUCCACCACAAACAGCCGAUUCCCAAAAAGAAGUUGAGAAACAAUCAGUAGAGUCGCUUGAAUCAAAGGGUGACCAAAAUAGACAAGAAAACUUGGAUUAUGAUUCAUCACCUGACCCGCUUACACUCCCAAUGCGACCGGAAGACCAGAGAUUGCCACCACCACCAAAAGGAGAUUGA